UUUCAGUUAUUCUGUAAUUCUGUCCAUUGGUUCCAUUGCCUCUAGAGCUUUGUCCUUUCUGUGUUUUUCUUGCGCUUCAGAAGCAGCAACCGUUCCAUAUUUACAUGCUUCUGUAUAUCUAUUUGCUUCCCCGUACUGUUUCGUUAGCAAUGAUUACUGAGCUUCUUUCCCUACAUUUGUUACAGGGAUGGCACCGAAGCAGACGAAUGGAAGUGGCCAUUCUAAUUAUGAAAGAUCAAGAGAAGCAAAAAGAAAUCCAGGGAGAACUUGAAAUCCUUCGAAUGGUGUCAGGCCACAAAAAUAUUGUGGACUUCUAUGGGGCCUACUACCAUCAGGCCUCACGCACAACAUCGAUACCCAAAGGACUAUGGGUAAGGAAGAGUUUAUUCGGACAGGUUACACAUUUAUGUAGCAAACAUUUGAUCAAAGAGAAGAAAAAUAUUGAUAUACUUACUUUUGCUUUCUUGAUUUCUCAGGGCCUUUGCCACCUGCAAAAAAAGAACAUCAUCCAUCAUGACAUUAGGCCCGGAAACAUCUUAAUCACCUCAUUCGGAGAGGUGAAGAUCGGCGAAUUUGGCUUUGCCACCUUUGGAGAAAGGAGCAGCAGUACUUCAGGGAGUAUAACAUACUCGGCUCCAGAAGUACUGGCUAAUUUUGGCAACGCAAAGCUCGAGUACGACCAUAAGGCUGACAUCUGGUCACUCGGCAUUGCAGCCAUUGAAAUGGCGGAAGGACAUGUCCCAUUCAGCAAACUUCCGCAAGAAAAGCUGAUCAAGAAGAUAACAUGCGGGGCAGUCCCAUCAUUACCAUCGUGGGGCAAAUGUUUGCCACCCUUUCUUUUUUCCAGGAGCGACGAGUUCCAUUACUUCAUUUCCGAGUGCCUGCAGAGAGACCCAUCAAGAAGACCUUCUGCAAGGCAACUUCUCUCACACCCUUUCAUUGGAGAGAUCUGGGGUGAAAGGGGGGUGCAGAGAAAUAUUGCACAACACCUGCAUAGAGGUAAGGGGACCUGCUCAUUCUCAUAUAUUCACAUGAUGCUCAGACUAUAACCAUUUACUGCUCCCAUUCAUACAAUAUUCUCUUGCUUUCCUACAUACAAAAUCCUUUGAUAACUAAAGCCGCCAAUAAUAAAGGCUUGGAUUGUAUUAGGGCAGGGGUCAAAAAACUGGGCUAAAUAUACGGGAAAGAUAAACAA